UAACAAACCAGUCAGUCGGCCACCGGCAACCGCGCAAAUUAUACACAAUAAUAUUGCCUCGUUAUCACUUUUGCGAGAACUUGAUUUUGGGUGUUUUAAUUUUUUUUUGAGUGCUAGUGGACAUAUUUUAAAUCUAGCAAGAGGAAGCUGUGGAAAUGUCGGUCGAAACGUCGGGGGACGUGUCCCUCAUCAAAGAUGAAGAUGUCUUGCGUAAAAUGUGGCAGGAAUCCGAGGAUUUCGGUCGCAAAAAGGAGAUUCGUGCUCACAUGUACAAACUACGCGAAGCGCGACUUAGAGAGUUUUACAACUCCGGAGAAGUCAAUUCGGACAUUCAAAGGAGUACCAUGAAAACAACCACUGAAAGUAAAUCCUGUUUGACUUCUACCCAUGCUGACUCUCUAGCUGAUCACAGUUUCAUCAGCAUGAAAACGAAAGAAAUAAGAGAUUCGGAAUCACCCACAAGGGACGACAGCUAUAGAGUUGUUGAAAAAGGAAUGGGCAAUCAAGGAUGGACUGUGGUUACAUCAAACAAGAAGAGCGACGACGGUAAAACCUUCACUACGAGUAAAGUAGCCACAACUUCUGGAAGUGAGAAAAUUGAAGGCGGACAUCUUGAUUUUGCUGCGAAAAAUGAACAACAAGCGACUGUCUAUAAAGAUGGUGAUGAUAAAAACUUUACUAAAGCUGUUGGUGCAUCUUCUAAUACCGUCAUUAAGCAAGAAGCGUGUGGAGGCGAUGAAAGUUCUUCAUUUAAGACCUCGUCGACCAAAACUUCUUCUUCUUCAAGAUAUGUAACAGAACAGCACUCUACAACUGGUGAUAUUAUUCAAACACCAUCAAAAAUGAUUACACAGAACCAAAAUGACGAUUAUCUUGUAUCACGAAAAACCUACACCGAUAACAUUCCCAAUGAAUUAAAAAAACAUCCGAAUUACGUUGAAGGGAAAACUAAAGUUAUAAGAGAAACCAGAACCAUGCCGGAUGGUACUACUGUAACAACCACUAAAUACGAAGUUCGAGGUGGAACCACUUCACAAUCGGUUAAAAACACUUCUGAACAAAGAUCAUCUACUGUUAGUUCUUCUCAAGCUGUUGAAUCAAGAUCGAAUCAAAAUGAGACAAGGUCUACUCGUUACAUUACCGAACAGCCAUCAAGUACUACUACAACGGUUACUCGACAUAUUUAUAACCAAGAGUUACAACCAGCAACCACCAAAACCAUCACUAGAACUGUAAAAUCCGAUUCUGUUGACAAUCUCUCCAAAACCACAAUCGAUUCAGAAAAAGAUAUUUUUAAGAGUUCAACAAAUACAACUAAUGUUAUUCAAAGUGGGCAACCAAGUUCUUCUCACAAGACGACAAUUAUAAAAAAUGUAUAUGACAUGAGAGAAGAGCCAAGUACUACCUACGACUCAAAUGUUACGACAAGGACAACCGUCGUAAAAAAUGUUGAAGGUAUGUGUGAAGAACCAAUUCGUAACGAAUCUACUGUUAAAACUACAGUGGUCAAAAAUAGAUACGAUACUAAGAAUCAAGCAGUCGAUGAUGCUAUAACUACUUCUACUCAUACAACGGUCACCAAACAAAUAAAUGAUAUUAAAGAUAAAAGAAGGUAUCAGGAGGAACAACAUAAAAAUAAAAUUAAUGAGGAAUUUAUUGCUAUUGAAAAACAAGACAAUAUAAAACGAAUAGAACCCAAACAAGGGACACCCAGAGCUAAAAGCCCUGAGAAACUUCCAAAAUCUGAAUCGAAAUACGAGCAACCUGAACGACGUCAACCUAUUAAACCUGGAAAAUCUGAACUUGAUCAAAAACAUUCUCCAACAGAAGGUCAAUACGACACAACUUACAGAACUGAUUAUGUUAAUAGGAAAAUCAGCGUUGAGGUUAGCCCAACACACGAUGCUUUUGCCCGAUCUCUGAGAGCAGUUAGUCCAGAUAGGAUAAGCAAAUGUUCCUCACCUACUCGCAGUCUGAGAACUAGUACAAAUUCUUUGCGAAGUAGUGCUAGCCCUGAGAAAAACAGACAUCCGUCUCGAUUAUCACCCGAGAGACGAAGUAUCUCUCCUAAAAAAACUAUAAGUAAUGAGACUAUCACUUGCAAAACCAACCGUAAUACAGAUACAGUUACUCGCAAAACUAUUACCACGGAGAUUGAUAGUAGUACCUUGACUAGAAGGAAAAACAAGUCUAAGACUAGAUCUAGAAGUCCUUCUCCAACUAGCGUUGCAAGCGACAUUGAGUAUAUAAGAAAUGAGGACAUUGUUACCGAUUUGGAUACUAAUGAAACUACUGUUAUCACAAAAUCAAGGCCGUCUACUUUAGAAAUUACAAGAAAAUCGACAAAGAAAGUCACUGAUCGUUCACCAACUUCACCACUAAAAGAUACGUCGCCCAAAAAAGCAAGUGCUCGAGAUGUAGCUAGGUCUAGCAGUUUGAGAAAUCCCUCUCCAACUAAAGAGUCUCCAAGGACAGACAGACCAUUUAAAAGGACUGAUACAUACGAAGAGCGUUGUCGACAAAUUCUGGGUAUCACGAAUGAAACAGAUAAGAGAAAAAAUAGUCUUGACAGAAUUGUAGCAAGGCGUGGUUCGGGUCCCAAGACCACUACAGAGAAAACAAGUCCUACUAAAGAACUUUCGUCUCCUGACAAGAAAAUUACUGAGUUUCCAUCCCAAGUAAGAAAAAGUCCCACUAAAGAAUCUCUUCAGCAAUAUCCUGAUCGUAAAAGUCCAUCGAAGGGAGCUUCCAAAAUUAGUGAAUUUCCGUCACAAAUAAAACGGUCGCCUGAAAAAGAAGUUGCGAAGGGAUAUUCAGAAAAAAAGAGUCCUACAAAGGAGGGACCGAAAAUUUCUGAAUUUCCUUCUCAAAGUAGUAGACCUCAUGAAAAGGAACCGCUACCCUCGUAUCCAGAAAAAACAAGGCCUGUUAAAGAAAGUCCAAAAAUUUCUGAAUUUCCUUCUCAAAUUAGAAAAUCUCCACAAAAAGAGCCUUUAGAACCUUAUCCAGAAAAAAAGAGGCCGAUGAACGAAAGUCCAAAAAUAAGUGAGUUUCCUUCUCAGAUUAGAAAAACGCCUGAAAGAGAGCCUUUAGAACCCUAUCCAGAAAAAAAGAGGCCGGUAACAGAAAUUUUAAAAAUCUGUGAGUUUCCUUCCCAAAUUAGAAAAACGCCUGAAAAAGAACCGUUAGGUCCUUAUCCCGAAAAAACAAGUCCUAUUAAGGAUGGUCCAAAAAUUUCUGAAUUUCCUUCUCAAAUUAAACGCUCUCCUGAAAAAGAGUUAUGGGAACCGUAUCCUGAACGAACCAGACUUCCAGAAGAUAUUCCACAAACAUACGAGUUUCCCUCACAGAUUAGAAAGUCGCCCCAAAAAGAACUUUUAGAACCGUAUUCUGAGAAGACGGUUCCAGAAGAGGAGCCACCUAUGAUUGACGAAUUUCCAUCUCAAAUAAGAAAAUUUCCUGAAAAAAAUACAUUGUUUACAUCACGCAGCGAACGUAAAGAGAGAAAACCAUUAGAGGAAGAUGUCGAAAUAUGCAAAAGUAUGCAUAAGCUUAAAUCCUUUGAUGAAAAUGCUCCUAAAAUUCACGAAUUUCCAUCACAAGUGAAGAAAUCUCCUGAAAAAGUCUCAUCGGAAAAAUAUCCUCAAAAAGCGCAGCCUAAAAGAGACGGCUCAAAAAUUGAGGAAUUUCCAUCACAAAUUAGGAAAGUGCCUGAAAAAAGCCAACCUAUUUUAAGAAAACCAGACAAAUCUGAAUAUAUAACUCACCCUAAAUCACCAAGCAAAGAUAAAUCUAUAACAAGAAAAGAUUCAUCAUCGUCAACAACCACCGAUGAAGAAAAAGAAGUUGAAGAGAUUCAUACCGUUACAAACGUUACAGAGUUGGAAGGAAAAGUGCCAGUUGAUGAACCAAUGGCUACAAAAAAAUUCAUAAGUCAACUAUGUCGAGAGGAAGAAGUUCAACGAAACGAUAUAAGUAAAAAGAAAACGCAGUCCGUUCUUAACAAAGAAGUUCUAGAAACUGGAACAAAAACAACAAAUAAAACUGUAAAGAAAGAGUCUCCAAAGAGAUCUGCACAACUUUUUAUAGAAAAUGAACGCACGUGUUCUGUAACCAGAAAAACUGAUUCGUCUCGAGCUUCAUCACCUAUAAAGAAACCCUUGACAGAGAAAAACAACUAUGUUACCACAAACAAAAUCAUUACUACAAGAACUACAAAAACUGACACCAAAAAUAUUAAAAAGUCAGUUGAUGAUAAAACAAAACUAAAAGAAGAUGUUAAAAAGACAUCGGCAAAAAUUACUCUUUAUGAUGUAGAAAAUCUUAAACAGGCUAAAGAAGAUAACCGUGUUCAUAUUAGGACUCAUAGAAUUGACGAUACAAUUAAUAAAAAAGUUACAAAAACGUUAGUUAAUGGAGAUGUCCCAAAGAAAACUCCAGUAAAACGCCCUCAACCCAUCAAACCAGAGGAAUCUAAAAUUAAAAAACCUCAAGGGGUGAUUUCUAAAACAGUGACUGAAACUGACACAAAACGUACAACACCCAAACGUCAUGUGGUUAGUACAACAAUAACUGUAAUUUCAGGGAAAACUCCGUCUAAAACAACACCAAAACCAACAGUUUCAAAACUAAUCAAAGCAGUUUCUAAAAAAACAAAGUUGCAAAAUGGGCAUAUCUCAUCCGAUGAUGAAUCCAUUGUAGAUAGCUUAGACAGCGAAGUGACACAUGAAAUUUCAACCAGUUUAAAAAAAGGAAAAAUUACGCGUACUAUAAGUGACCAAGUUAUUAAAAAACGACCUGAAACUAAGACGCCAUUGAGAGGAGCUUCCAAGCCUGAGUUACUUCCCAAGACAAAACAAGAAAAAUGUAUCACUACUAAAUCUAUUAUUAUUAAUAAUGAAGCUACUGAAAGAGAUGUAAUUGUGGAUUUACAAAGAUCUAAAUCGUCAAGAGAGCCAACACCUGACCGUCUUUGCCCAUUACCAGUAUCUUCCGAUGAUGAAACGACUCCUAGAUAUCCCGAUCAAAUCGCUGAACCUGAUGACACAUCACCCACACGAAAACCGAAGAAACUUUCUGACAUUCCUAUUCUAGAAAGUGAAGACGUCAAAGAUUUCAGCAGAUUUACAGAAGUUGUGGAUACCUCAAAAACAACACUGGAUACUGACACUGACAUAAGUCUUUUAAGCAUUGAUAAAAAAAUUAACAAAUUUUCAUACAACACUGUUAAAGAUUCGAAACCAAAACAAGGACCUGCUCCUAAAGUUGAACGACCCAAAUUAGAAGUGACUGAAGAUUUGAAAUCAGAUGAUUGUCUUUUAAGUGUUUCCCAAAAAGUUAACAAGUUUAUAACAACUGCUGAACAACUGACUACUCCUCAAGAUUUACCACAAAGACCUAAAAGCCCUAAAUGUCAAUAUUAUUCUGAAGAUGAGGUUAGUGUGUCCGACAAAGUGGCACAUUUUAUUACAACUGCUGAAAAAGUGGUAACUCAAAAAGAACCGGCUUCAAAAGUUGAAAAACCUAAUUUUGAUGAUAUUGACGUAACAAUUAAAGAAGAUGAUUGCUUGUUGAGUGUUUCAGAUAAAGUUAACAAAUUCAUCAAAACUGCUGAUACACUAACUAGUGAAUCCACCAAACCUGUAUCACUUUCAAAAAUUGAUAUUAAACCAAGCACUCCAAAACCAGAAGCGCCAGUUAAGAAAUCACCAUCUAAGGAAACCACACCGACAAGAAGACCUUCUAACCAAUAUUCUUCAAUUAAAACAGAAGUUCAAGAAAGUAAAUAUGGUCGAAGAGAUAGUUCUCCUAAAUUAUCCGACUCGACACCAAAAUCUGCAAGACGUCCGAGCCAAGAAGAAUCGAAAUCGGUUUUGAGUUCCACUGACCGUCUCAGAAGUACAGAAAGCGUCAAGAAAGCUAAAGCGUUGUUUGAAAAUAUAAAUACAGACCAACAGAUUUUCAAACAACGGGAUAUUUUAAGUCGUCCUUCAGUUUUUGAAGGAAGAAAACUUAAAACUGAUGCUUCACGAAAACUGACUUAUGAGAAUGAACAAGAGGAUAAAACUUUGAAAUCGACACAACUGCUUCUAAAUAAAGCUAGUUCAAGGCCGAAGUCACCAGAAAAACAACAAGAAAUAACAAGAAGAUCUUUAUCUCCGGAAAGUGAUAUUCCAGGUUACAUGAAACCUUUGGACAGAAGUUUGAGACCUAACAGCCCCCAUCGUGAUAGUAUUAAUCAACUGAGUAAAAAGCAUGAGGAAAACAGUGAUGUACGUCAAACUAAAUUUGGAGUUGCUUUGAGGAGAACUGGUUCAGGACGGACUAUUACUACUACUAACGCUGCUUCGGUAAAAAGUAGGACUUCCAUAGAAGGAAUCACAGAAGAAGAAAUUGAAGAAAUUUAUGAUUUGGAAGUGUUGGAGGAAUUGCUAGAGAAAGUUGUAAGUUAUGAAAUAAGAAGAAAGAUUAGAGCUCAAAUAAGAAUUGUUAAAAAAUUGCUUUCUGAAGGAAAGUUGGUAGAGGUGACUAAAAAAACGGUUGUUAGAGAAAAGAGUCCGAUCAAAACAAUAAAACAAACACAUGAAUCUGUUGAAAAAAAUACAGAAUACCGAUCAUCGUAUGCUUAUAAUGAACGUAAAAGUUCCUCUGAAUAUACUAAAACAACGAGACAUAGUCCUGAAUCUAAAAUAUAUCAAGUUACCAGAAGGAGUCAAAGUCCUGAAACGAAACACACUCGCGACAUCAGGAAGAGUCAAAGUCCUGAAACCAAAACAAAACGAAUAGCGAGUCCUGAAACAAAAUUUACUAGCGAGAAAUCAAGCAAAACUACCAAAGUGUUCCAAACCCAACUGAAGAAAACUUUGCCAGUUUCCAAACCUGUUGUUGCAGAUGCAAUGCCGGAAUGGGUCAAACAAAGAAAUUUGAAGAAAGUUACGGACACUACAGUUUCAACAGCUAGGACUUCUACUGCAGUAACUGCAAAAAAAAUUAGAUCUAGUCCAAUUAAAGAAAUUAAACCAACUGACAGCAUCACUUCAAGUUACGGAGUGGGGCCUACAGAUGAGAACGGCAGUCCUUUGUUUGGGUUGAAAGCUUUAAGGGCCCAGAAUAAAACUGACACAACUAAAGUUCAAGGAACGGUGAUAAGGAGCCAAUACUAUUCGGAAAACGGCCAAGAACCCGUUGGUGAGAUUAGCGUAACGAAAUAUUCGACCGACCCCAGAGACUUGGGAAGAGACGAAGUUGGUAAAAAUAAAGAAAUUACAAGUAUAACCACUACUCAGAAGUUCGGUUACAAAGAUACACCUUCACUUAAGAGUCUAACAAGUUCGAAAAAGAAGAAGGAAAUUGGCGCAAUCGAAGACGAAUGUGAAACUAAAACUACUAAACUUAACAGACGAGGAUCGGUGAAAGCUUUGUCACAGAAAUUUAUUGAAAAUGCAGUUGAAACCUCGAAGAGUGAAAGGCAGUCUACCUACCCAAAGGCAGGUUUGAUUUUGCGCACUUCUAGCUUCAAGGAAACUGGAAGCAGUGAUAGUCGUGAGGGGUCUGCUGAGAAGACUGUGAUUGUAAAGAUGUCUUCAUCAAGAACUGUAGCGGGUGAGACUUUCUUGACAAAUCGCAGCAAAGUGACAGGUGUACAGGAUGCUAUUAGCAGGAUGAAAUCAGAAGACAUUCGCCAAGGUGACAGUUCUGAAGACGUCGAAGCCAGAGGUCUUUUGAACAAGUUCCUCGGUGCCCAAGUGAUCCUUUCGGGCAUCGAAUCAAGCAUCAAAUCAACGUCAAGCAACGCCAAACGCAGCACAAAAGUCACAACAACGAUCACGGAAGGAGGGAAACCAGUUACCAAAACUCGCGUAUUCCAACACCCCAUAACCGACGAAGUUCUUGAGACAGUCUGGGACGAGCAAACUUUGCGACUACUGUUAGAACAAAGUACUGAUUACGAAGAACGCCGAAAAAUCAGAGCUAAACUACGCCAAGUGAUGGCAGAACAGGAAGCAUGCACAGAAUUAGUAGAGAAGGCCAGUCAGGAUCAAAUCGGUACAACAUUUGAGGAAGCCACUCACACUAAGACAACUUUUUCGGAGGGGCCUAUUACAACAACACAAGUUACUUCGAGAGUUACCAGUACUCAGCAAACUCAGUCUAAGAAGCCGAUUUCACCUUUCGCCAAAUUUCGGCAAUUGGACAAACAAAACAGCCUCAAUUCUCCAAGUACCCCUAAGACCCCCUCCGGCAGUGGCCCCCUUUUUAAAUUCACUGAUCCCGCAGUGAGUCAAAGUGCUAGCACCAUCAAAGAUAGGCUCUUGUAUUGGUGCAGAAUGAAGACAAAGGAGUAUGAGAACAUCCAACUAGACAACUUCUCAACCAGCUGGGCAGACGGAUUAGCUUUUUGUGCCCUCAUCCAUCAUUUCCUUCCGGAUGCGUUCGACUACCAUGCCCUCUCACCGAAAAAUCGCAGGCAUAAUUUCACACUCGCCUUCCGUGUGGCUGAUGAGAAGGCGGAUAUAGCACCGCUUCUUGACGUCGAUGACAUGGUAGCCACCCGAAAACCGGAUUGGAAAUGCGUCUUCACCUACGUACAGUCCAUUUACAGACGUUUCAAGGACGAAGAUUGAAAUUUCGGCAAAAAUGUUCCUUGUAUUAGUUUUAGGCUCCUACUUCUUCAAUCAGUUCCUUGCGUCUACAUUUUACCACAAAUUAUUGUUUGUAAAUUCGUUUUUUAAUGCUUUAAUUACCUAACGUACCUAUAUGUUGUUGUUCUGUGAUCAAGUUAAUGUAUUAUGGCAUUUUCUUAUAGGUGAUACUGUAUGUAAUUAAUUUAUUGUUUGACGAUCUGCCCAGCGGUUUUUUUAUAAUAAUAUUUUUUCUACUUUUUAUGCAGAUUUAACGAAUGUAUUAAACGCUUAUUUAUUAACUUAGUUUUAAGAAUGAUUUUAUAAAGGGUUGUUGCUUUUGCCAUGAGGUAGGUAUAUAGUUAAUAAUAAUGGUUAAUACAAGUAAUCUUUCUUAUGUUGAUAACAAUUUGGAAAGCGUCAUUGGUUUAUAUAUUUAUGGAAACUAUUAAUAUCUUUGCCUGCAUGAGUAAAAGACAAUAAUCUCAAUUUGUUUCAUAAGUUAAGCUAUGUGCCUUGUAAUAAAGUCUUUAUAUAUUUUAUAAACAGAUUUGUACUUGGACUAAACUAAUAAAUACCUAUAUUAGCA